AUGUCUCUCUACUUGCCCCUGAUUUUUCUUCUCUCCAUUGGUACAUCUCUUCAAAUGUCUGGUAGGGGAAUAUUUUCAAUCUAUAAUGAAGAUAACAAGCUCUGUGCCCAAGGUCAGAACUCCAGCUCAGUUAUAACUACCACUUGUGAUGAGCAUGAUGGGUUUCAGAAGUUCAGGUGGGUCUCUCCCACACAGCUGCUGAAUGUGGCACUCAAGCUGUGCCUGGGAGUUCUUGCCAAGGACGACGAGGCUCCUGUCACCUUGGAACCCUGCAACAGGACAAAUGAACUCCAGUGGUGGGAAUGCAGAAAUGAGACACUUGCAACGCAUGGCAAGGAUUUAUUUCUUAACUAUGGCAAGGGGAAGGGGAAGAAAAUCAGGCUGUCCAAAGUGUCCAGCAAAGGGAGCAGGUGGAAAAUCCAUGGAAGUGCAGACAACGUGUGCUCUCAGCGCUAUGAGGAAAUCUACACACUGGGAGGAAAUGCCUUUGGUGCACCCUGUGUAUUCCCUUUUAAGCACCAGGGGAAAUGGUAUGCUGAAUGCAUCCCUCGGAGGGAUGAUGCAAACUCUCUCUGGUGUGCAACUUCUUCAGAUUUUGAUAAAGACCAGUUGUUUGGAAACUGCCCACUAAAAGACAGCACCCACAAUAACUUUUGGAAAACAAACCCAGUGACAGAAACACGCUAUCAGAUAAACUCAGAGUCACUUCUGACAUGGCACCAAGCAAGAAAAAGCUGCCAGCAGCAGGAUGCAGAAUUAUUAAGUAUCACAGACCUUCGUGAAGAAAUGUAUUUAUUAGGACUCACUAGUGAUCUGGGUAUCAAUGCAAAACUCUGGAUUGGUCUCUACGAUGCACUUGACAGUGGCUGGAAGUGGACUGGGGGAAGACCUUUCAGAUACCUCAACUGGGCUCCAGGAAAUCCCUCUGUGGAACCUGGAAAAAUAUGUGGGACCUUCCAAGGUAGGAAUGGCAAAUGGGAAAGCCAGCUUUGUGAUCGGAAAUUGGGAUAUAUCUGCCAAAAGAGAAACACCUCCUUGGAUUCUUUCACCAUCCCCUCAGGUGGUUCAAAGCAUAUUAAGUGCCCCAGGGAAUGGGUGCCCUAUGCAGGUCAUUGCUACAGAAUUUAUAGAACACCAAAAAUAUGGAAAGAAGCCCAGUCUUCCUGUAGAAAAGAAGAUGGAGAGCUGGCAAGCAUUCAUAAUAUUGAAGAGUACAGCUUUACAGUGUCACAGCUUGGUUACAAGCCAGAUGAUGAGCUCUGGAUUGGUCUAAAUGACUUCAGGGUUCAAAUGUACUUUGAGUGGAGUGAUGGCACACCUGUGACUUAUACCAAAUGGCACCAUGGAGAGCCAACCCACACUUGGAAUAAGGCAGACUGCAUCCUUAUGAAGGGACAGGAUGGAUCCUGGGUUGACAGUGCCUGUGACAUGAAAUUUGGCUACAUCUGUAAAAGGAAACCCUUGGCUGAAGAACCAGGGGAAGCUGAAGUUACUUACCCAGGCUGCCAGAAAGGCUGGAUGAAGCAUGGUUUUUACUGUUACUCCUUGGUGCAGUUGCCAACAACAUUUUCAGAAGCAAAAAAAGUUUGUGAAGAAAAUAAAGGUUACCUGGCUACUGUAAGAGACAGAUAUGAACAAGCUUUUCUGACCUCCAUAACUGGAUUCAAACCAGAAAAAUACUUCUGGAUUGGUCUUUCAGAUGUGGAAGAACAGGGGACAUUCAGGUGGGCCAGUGGAGAUCCCGUCACCUUCACUCACUGGAAUGUGGGAAUGCCUGGAGAGGACUCCGGCUGUGUGGCCAUGGCAACAGGAAGUUCAGCUGGAUUAUGGGAUAUUUUGAACUGUGAAGAAACAAACACAUUUCUCUGCAAGCAGCUGGUGGAGGGCAUCACCCCCCCCCCUCCUCCUCCAACAACAUCCCCUCUCCUGUUUUGCCCAGAGGGAUGGCAGUCUAUUUCUCAGAGCAGCUUCUGCUUCAAAAUUUUUCAGGGAGGAAGGGAAAAAAUGCAAACAUGGUUUGAAGCAAGAGAUUUUUGCAGAACCAUUGGAGGAGAUCUUGCGUGUAUCCACAGUGAAGAAGAGCAAAACCUGAUAACUAGACUAGAGAGAGGUUAUAUUCAUUAUUCUUACUGGAUGGGUUUAAGUGCCUUGGAUUCUGAUGCUGGAUUUACAUGGAGUGAUGGCUCACCAGUAAAUUUUGAGAAAUGGUCACAUGGAGAACCAAACAAUUAUGAUGGGAAUGAAAAAUGUGGCGUGUUUACCGGCUACCUCAACAUGAACUGGAAUGAUUUAUUUUGUGAACACAUGCUGGACUUUGUUUGCCAAAUUAAAAAAGGAACCUCACUGAAACCAGAGCCUAAUUCCACAUUCAAUUAUGAAUAUGUUCCUGGUGAAGAUGACUGGAUAAUAUAUAAGCACAAAGAAUACUACUUCAGCAAGGAUGCAAUGCCAAUGGAAAGAGCUAGAGGCUUUUGCAAGAAGAAUGGUGGUGACCUUGUUGUCAUUGAGAGUGAAACUGAAAAAAAUUUUCUCUGGAAAUAUAUAUUCUAUAAAGACUGGGGGAACAACUUCUAUAUUGGCUUAAGCGUGAGCCUUGACAGAACGUUCCGGUGGAUGGAUGGAACAUCAGUGAACUAUGUUGCCUGGGCUCCAAAUGAACCCAAUUUUGCAAAUAAUGAUGAAAACUGUGUGGUCAUGUAUACCCAUACAGGUACAUGGAAUGAUAUCAACUGUGGCAGUGUUGAAUUAUUCAUCUGUGAAAGGCUUAACAACACUCUUCGUCCAACUGUUGCUCCCACUUCAUCACCACCAAAGGGUGGGUGUAUGGAAGACUGGCUCCUCUUUGAUAACAAGUGUUUCAAAGUAUUUGGCUUCAAUGAAAAUGACACAUUGACAUGGCAUGCUGCACGAAACAACUGCAUUGAUCUUGGAGGAAAUCUGGCUACCAUAUCAAAAAAGGAAGAACAAGCUUUCCUUAUGUCCCUCUUAAAAAAUGCUGCAACUGAUACUUGGAUAGGACUGAAUGACAUAAAUCAGGAGCACACAUACUUAUGGACAGAUGGAAGCCCAGUAGACUAUACAAACUGGGCAAAAGGUUCCCGAAGUUAUUAUAGUAUGGAUGAUUGUGUCUUUUUGAUUAAGAACCCUAUUGAACAGGCAGGAAAAUGGAAAGAUGAAGGAUGUAAAGCAAGCAAAAGUUACAUCUGUCAAAAAAAUUCUGACCCCAGACUGCUGCACUCCCAACCCACAGUUCCAGUGUUUGGCUUUAACAGUUAUGGUGAUGACCGCUAUGAACUCGUCAACUACAAAAUGAGCUGGGAAAAAGCAGAGAAAAACUGCAGGGACCAGUCUGCAGAACUGGCCAGUAUACUGGACCCUUAUGCUGAAUCUUUCCUGUGGUUGCAAAUAUUAAAGCAAGGGGAGCCUGUAUGGAUUGGCCUUAACAGCAACAUGAGUGGUGGCCAGUACUUAUGGUCAGAUAGAAGGAGGAGCAGAUAUCUUAACUGGGCCAGUGGAGAACCAAAUAAAAACAAAGCCUGUGUCUAUUUAGAUUUGGAUGGUUUUUGGAAGACAGCAUCUUGCAAUGAAACAUUUUUAUCUCUCUGUAAGCAAUCCAAUGAGUUAAUCCCUAGUGAACCACCACAGCUUCCUGGGAGGUGUCCUGAACCAAAGCGUGGUAGAUCUUGGAUUCCCUUCCGUGGGCAUUGUUACUAUGUUCACACCACUUCUGAGGAAAGCUGGCCUGAUGCUUCCAUGAUGUGUAUUCAAAUGGGUGCAUCUCUGGUUUCCAUAGAAGAUUCGGCUGAAAUGAAUUUUCUCUUACUUUACUUGUCUCCACUUGCAAGUGACUUCAGAAAGUUUUGGAUAGGAUUGUUCAAGAAUAUUGAUGGAGAAUGGAUAUGGAUGGACAGAAGUGCUGUAGAGUAUGUCAACUGGGAGAAAGGAGAGCCUACAGUACUUUUUGAUGAACACUGUGUUGACAUGGAUGUCUCAAGUGGAGCCUGGAGGACCUAUUACUGCUCUGUUGACCAGAAUUUUAUUUGCAAAGUCCCCAAAAUUGCUGAGGCUGAGCCAACCCAUGAUUCACCUGUCAAUAAUGCAUCAAUAAACAAAGCUGCUGCUUCAUCAUCGAGUAGUUUAGGUGGAAUGAUUUUUAUACUGAUCUUCGUUCUGCUAGCUGGCACUGGCCUCACACUGUAUUGUUUCUAUAAAAGAAGACGUGAUCGACAAAUGUUUACAGCUGGGUUUGACAAUGCCAUAUACCGUGGUGACCUUGGAACUCAAGAGUCAAAUUGUCUUGUGACCAAUAUUGAAGAAAAUGAGCAUGCAACAAUUUAA